AUGUGGAUGCAGGACUCCGGGUGUAUCCACCGAGGACUGAUGGCCUCCUCCCCGACCUCCAGGCUCGGGGGUCAGGGGCGAGAGAGUACACAGACGGAGGACGAGGAGUACACCCAGGUGCAGUCGGGAGAGAGCACGGGGUCAGGGGGAGAGACGUACACAGGUGCAGACGGAGGAGCUGAGUACAACAGGUGCCAGAGGGGGCGAGAGGGAGAGUCCACAGGUGCAGACGGUGGGACGAGAGUACACAGGUGUGCAGAAGAGGAGAGCGGGGUACAGGGGGGGAGAGAGUACACAGGUGCAGACGGGAGCGCGCUGGCGGUCAGGGGGGAGCGAGUAUCCCCAGGUGCAGACGGAGGAGAGCGGGUGUCUCAGGGGGAGCGAGUACACAGGUGCAGACGGGGAGAGCGGGGUCAGGGGAGAGAGUACACAGGUGCGGAGAAGCGUAGGGGGGAGAGCGGGUGGAGCGGGGUUCAGGGGAGAGAGAGUACACAGGUGCAGACGGGAGGGAGAGCGGGGUCAGGGGGAGAGGAGUACACAGGUGCUCAGACGGGGGAGAGCGCGGGUCGGGGGAGAGAGUACACAGGUGCCGCCGGAGGAGAGAGGGGUCAGGGAGAGCGUUACACAGGUGCAGUACGGAGGGAGGCGGGGUACAGGGCGGGAGAGAGUACACAGGUGCGACAGGGGAGAGCUGGGGUCAGGGUGGAGAGAGUACACAGGUGCAGACGGGGGAGAGCGGGGUCAGGGGGAGAGAGUACACAGGUGGGCACGACAGGGGAUGGAGCCGGGGUCAGGGGGAGAGAGUUACACAGGUGCAGACAGGGGAGAGCGGGGUCAGGGGGAGAGAGUAACACAGGUGCAGACGGGGCGGAGCGGGGUCAGGGGAGAGAGUACACAGUGCAGACGGAGGAGAGCGGGGGGGAGUACACAGGUGCCAGACGGAGGCGUGAGAGCGGGGUCAGGGGGAGAGAGUACACAGGUGCAGACGGAGGAGAGCGGGGUCAGGGGGAGAGAGUACAACAGGUGCAGACGGGGGAGAGCGGGGUCAGGGGGAGAGAGUACACAGGUGCAGACGGGAGGAGAGCGGGGUCAGGGGGAGAAGAGUACACAGACGGGGAGAGAGCGGGGUCAGGGGGAGAGAGUACACAGGUGCAGACAGGGGCGAGUCACGGGGUCCGGGGGCAGAGAGUGUACACAGGUGCAGGGGACGACGAGCGGUGGUCGGGGGGAGAGAGUACACAGGUGCAGGACGGAGGAGAGAGGGUACACCGGUGCAGGACGGAGAGAGAGGGGUCAGGAGGAGAGAGUCCACCGGUGCAGACGGAGAGAGCGGGUACAGGGGGUGAGAGUACGGGGCGCAGUAGAGAAGAGGGGGCCAGGGGGGAGAGAGUACACAGGUGCAGCCGGGGGAGAGAGUACACAGGUGUCAGACGGAGGAGGAGUACACAGGUGCAGACGGAGGAGAGAGUCGCUCGGGUCAGUCAGGGGGAGAGAGUACACAGGUGCAGACGGGAGAGAGCGGGGUCAGGGGAGAGAGUACACAGGUGCAGACCGGGAGAGAGCGGGGUCAGGGGGAGAGAGUACAUAGGUGCAGACGGGAGAGAGCGGGGUCAGGGGGAGAGAGUACACAGGUGCAGACGGGACGAGAGCGGGGUCAGGGGGAGAGAGUACACAGGUGCAGAUCGGGAGAGAGCGGGGGUUUCAGGGGGCGAGAGUACACAGGUGCAGACGGGAGAGAGCGGGGUCAGGGGGAGAGAGUACACAGGUGCAGACGGGAGAGAGCGGGGUCAGGGUCACCGGUGA